GACAGAGAGAAAGCACACCACUUCAGGAUUAUACAUGGAUUCAGCUAAGCUACAGGGGGAAUCAAAUUAGAAGUAUCUGAAUAUAUUUUUGGGGAGAGAAUGACAUGAGUGAAGCAAAGCAGCCUUCUGAAGCUUGUGUAGCUGUUAGUGCUGAAAACAACAAUUCCUGUAAGCUGGAAACCAAGAAUGCCCGCAAUCCUUUCCUCCAGGCAUCCCCAGCAAAUUGGCUUCCCAGAUACUCAGCAGUAACUACCUCAUGUUUUUAUAACUCAACAAGGGACACUUGGUUAGCAGCAAAGGGGUCCUCCAACUUCCAGUCCAGGCAUAUGAACAUAUGGCUGAGAGAACAAAUUAACUGCAUCCUCAAUGAAGGGAACAACAUCAAAGCUAAUAUUUGGGACGUACAGAGAACUAUGAGAAACAUGAAGGGAGAGCUGAAAAGGAUAAAGCAAGCUGAAGAGACGAUCACUUUCUUAGAGUCACAGAUCCAAGAAGCAAAGAAAAGUCAAGAACAGGAAAGUGCCACAGCAUCUUUAGAGGACCAGUAUCUUAAAAAGCUGGAGAAGGACAAUGAAAAUGUGCAUUUGAGAAUCUUUAUGCUUUCUGAGAAGAGUUCAGCUUUGGCAGCAUCAAGGAAGCUCAACCAACAGAGUUACCUGCAGCUCUGCUGUCACGUCAAUAAAUUACGUAGAGAACUCCAGGAAUGCAAACUGACCUGUGGUGAAGAAGAUGAAGCUUUUACAAAGAUGAAACACCAAAUCCGGGAGCUAGAAGAAUACUUGCAAGAAUACCAAGUGAAAAUACAGGUUCUUCAGGACAGAGAGAAAACCCUAAAGAAUGAGUUGUCAGCUGUUGAGAAAGACAAGGCUCGACGUCGGAUCAAGUUCCCAGGCAAGUUUUUGAACAUCAACCCAAAGAGCUUGAUGUAUGAAUUAGCCAGGGCUGAACUGGAAGAAAAAAUACAAAGAGAAGAAAAACCUAUGAACAAGCAGCUUUGUGGUGGUAGGGUGAAAGUAGCCUGGAUCUUAAUGGUUUUGUGGCACUUUGCUGGCAUCCUUCUGGUGAUUCUCCUGACUGUGCUGCUCGUCACCCUCUUCAUUCUCGGCAUCUGUCUUUCGAAUCACACAGUGACUGAAGCAUAUCAGCGGCCCAGGUGGCAGUUCUUGGACUAUUAUUUCCAACCAUACAUGCAGCUCUACAGUCCUGGCAUCUUACCAAAGUGAUCUUAGGGUCUGAAGGAGCAGUGCCUGGAGAGAUCCUAUCAUUAUUAUGUACAGUAUCUGAGUGUGGAUAAAGCUGAUAUCCUA